AUCCUCAAAGCUGCUCGACAGUCGGCUGCUUCGGCCUGAGUUUUACCAGCAGCUGCAGCUCGUGGGUUUAGGUUUUAGCAAUAAACUUUAAUGAUCCAACAAACCUUCAGGAUCUGCUGUAGUUCAGUUAUUUAUCUGUAAACAGGCUUAUCGAUGGCGAGCGACUCUGUGAAACUCUCCAAAAACCUCCUGCGCAUGAAGUUCAUGCAGAGAGGUCUGGACGCUGAGACGAAGAAGCAGCUGGAAGAAGACGAGAAGAGAAUCAUAAGUGAUGAACACUGGUAUCUGGACCUGCCAGAGCUUAAAGCAAAAGAGAACCUCAUCAUAGAGGAGAAGAGUUUUGUGCCGUGUGAAGACCUGAAUUACGGUCGCAUGUCGUUCAAGGGUUUUAAUCCAGAAGUCGAGAAACUGAUGGCUCUGAUGAAUCCGAAGGACGAAUCGGAGAAACGAGAGGAAGAGGAGGUCAGCCGAAUGCAAACAGAUGUCACAGAUGAAGAAAUGGCGCUGAGGUACGAGAGUUUAGUAGGAAGCAUGAAGAAAAAGUUUGCAAAGAAGCGAGAGCGAGCAGCCGUAGAAGAAGAAGACGACAUGAACCACAACGUUGUGGAAACAAACACAAAGAGAGUUUUUCUGAAACCGCAGGACUGAGAUCAUUGUGUGAUGGACUGGAGAGAUGUGUAUUUUUUUAUGUAAAUGACUCAAAAUACUUUUUUUUUUUUUUUUUUUAACUGUGUGCAUAAACGUGUUUAUAUAGAGAGAGUGAGCAUCAGAGAUUGUGACGAGCAGAACGAGUAUUUUAAGGCUGAAUGGAUGUUAUACAUCCUGUUUUUUUUAAAAAAGAAGAUGAUGUAUCUUUGAGAUGCUGAGAACAUCCAGUGUAACGUGUUUUUACCGUCUGUGCAGCCUGGAGGACUUCCAUUAAAAGCAGAGCACAGUGUA